UAGAGUCAAACCUGUACUAUUCUCUCCACUAUUCUGGACCCACGUUGUGGAAAACUCGUUCAGUUUGGCUAGUCAAAACUAUCUUCUUUCCAUUCAAAUUCCCACCCUUACAUAUAUAUCACUCUUCUUCUCACCUUCCCCAAGCAAGUCCUCUCGAUCUGUCUAUUUCACACGCACCUUCACUUCCACAUUUGUAGCUUAUAUCUCCUCACUUAAGCACCCUCUUAUUUGGCAUAUCAGUAGCUCACUUUGGCUUGUUGAGAGCAAUUCAGCAACCACAGGCCUUAGCUGCAACUAAAAGUAGGAGAGCAAUUCCAUUGCCGUUGCUUGUUAUUAGUUCAUUUUCACAAAAUGGAAGAGAGCACCAAGAGGAAAUACACUAAUCUGAUCCAUGAACUAAUCCAAGGAAAGGAACUAACAAAGCAGCUCAGUGACCAUCUGGUUUCAUCUUCUCCAUCAUCCCAUGAAACCAAUGAAUUGUUGGUUGAGAAAAUACUUUUGUCCUAUGAGAAAGCACUCACCAUGUUGAACUGGGGGUCUAUUGUGGGAGAAGCCAAAACCACCAGUCUCAACAUCAUGGAUUCCCGUUGUUCUUUUACAAAUAGUGAAAGCCCCAGAAGUGAGGUCGUGGACCGUGAAUUUGAGCACAAAGCUGUCUUCAAGAAAAGAAAGACCAUGCCCAGAUGGACCGAGCAAGUGAAGAUUUGCUCAAGAACAGGACUUGAAGGGUCUUUGGAUGAUGGAUAUAGCUGGAGAAAAUAUGGCCAAAAGGAUAUUCUCGGAGCUAAGUUUCCAAGAGGAUAUUACAGAUGCACACAGAGAAAUGUACAAGGGUGUCUAGCAACAAAACAAGUUCAAAGGUCAGAUGAAGACCCAACAACAAUUGAGGUGACCUACAGAGGAAGACAUACAUGCACGCAAGCUAAGCAUUUAAACAAGGCAUUCUCAUCAAACAUAAAGAUAGGUUUGGGGGAAAAUCAAUUCCAAAAGAAUCAACCACUUCUAGAGAAAACACAACAACAGAACCCUGAGGGGAUUUUCACCUUUGAAACAGAGCUUAAAGUCAAAACAGAGGAAUUGGAAACCAAGGAGGAUAUCUUCCCAUGGUUUUCCUUUUCUUCUUCAUCAAUUGGAUCAGAAAAUGAGGAUAACAUGUUACCCGACACCAUGAUUGAAAACCAUUUCAUGGAAAGCUUUUCUCCUGUAUUCAUAUCACCAGCGACUUCAGAAUCAAACCCUUUCUGUUUGUCAGCAUACGACUUGGACAGCACUGGACUAUUAUGCCGAAACAUACAAACCUCAGAAUCUGAUAUCACUGAGAUAGUUUCAGCCCCAACUUCAGUCACCAACUCCCCAAUCCUGGAUUUGGAUAUCUUACUUGAUAAGGGGGAUUUUGACACGGAUUUCCCUUUCAACAUUCCUGAAUUUUUCUCUUCAUAAGAACUUCCCUGCAGUUCCACGUAGAUAGUUAGAGAGAGUAAGAGCUAAGGACAGCAUAGCCAUAGUCUGUUCUGGAUUAACUGGUGAGCCGUAGAUCCUGACUAUGGAAGGGUAAUCAUAAGUCAUGUUGAUAAAUCAAGACAAUGAAUCAUCCCUGUCAUGCAAGUUUGGAGAGUUUUCCUGUAUGUAAUGUACCUUCACCUAGGAUGUAAUGCGUAUAUAAUUUGUAGCUGUAGUCUACCGUUUUCUUACUUCUCUUGUAAUUGGUUCAAGCAGGGUUGAAAUUUCUGAAAUGAAUGAGUUUUCCUCUCAUAGUUGUUAUCUAGAAUUUUGAUUGUGAUCAAUGGUCAAUGCAUCAUGUCAUAUGCCUUCUUUUAGCCCAUCACUUAAUGUUAAUUGUUAGUUUGUAUUA